CUCCUUUCAAAAAAAAAAUUAGUGGGCGCGUUUUUUUUUAUUGUUAAAGCUCUUUUUUCUUUCCUGCUCUCUCUCAGUCUUUCUCCCUUCCUCUUUUUUUUUUGUCAUCACAACCUUUUCACUGUUUACAAUGUCGGAUCGUAACUCAAUGCAGUCAAAGCUUGCGGCUCUUGCAAAGAAGAGACGCAAAGACGACGGUGAGUCGCCUCAACCCAAGAAAACAAAGGUGUCGUCCAAACCCACUUCUAAAAAAGAAAGCAACUCCUCCAAGGCUUCCGCACCACAAAAGAACCGCAAGCGCCCUGCUACCAAGGAUCCCUUUGUUGUAGAUAGCGAUGAAGAGGAAGAUGACGUCGAUGAAAGUGAAGAAGAAGAUGACGACGAAGACGGUAGCGACGUCGCCUCGUCAGAUGAAGAAGUCUUGAGAAAGAAAAAGAAGCCUGUGAAGAAGGAAAAGAAGGUUGAGCGUAAGAAGAGCAGCAGCAGCAGCAGCAGCCAGAAGGUCAAGAAAGGCAGUGAUGACGAGGCCUCUGGUGCGGAAGACAAAAGCGACAUCUCAGACGAUGAAUUGGGAGCACUGGACACGUCUGUAAUCAUUCCAGGCGGCCGACGGACACGCGGUCGAAAGAUCGACUAUCGCCAAUUUGGCGCAGAUCCCGAGGAUGAGGAAUAAAGGGGAAUGUGAGAGUGUUGUAACUGUGUGAAUGUGAAAGGAUA